AUGGCGCUCGUCAGCGUGACCCGCCGCUCGGCAUAUCAGAGGGCUCAGGGUGUGGUGGCCCUGUCAAACUCCGUUCAUCGCGGUAUACAGACGCAGUCCAUCGAGGAGAAAUGGCGAAAGCGCGUGGCUGCUGCUGCCUGGGCGGCCCCGUCUGAAACAAGCGAUGCACAGUACAUUCUUUCCAUGUUCCCGUAUCCGAGCGGUAAUCUACAUAUGGGUCACGUGCGCGUCUACACCAUCAGCGAUUGUCUGGCCCGUUACCAUCGUCUCAAGGGUGUGCCCGUCCUUCAUCCCAUGGGCUGGGAUGCCUUUGGCCUUCCUGCCGAAAAUGCUGCUAUGGAACGCGGAUUGGAUCCAGCUCGCUGGACACAAAGUGUCACGCGCCUUCGGGACUGGCUCGUAUCUCGGCAGCGCUACUGGGGAACCCCAGUUCCCAUCGUGCACUGUGCGAAAUGCGGCCCAGUGGCCGUUCCAGAAGCAGAACUACCCGUUGAACUGCCGGAGUGCGGCGGUGCUGCUCAGCGAGACGGUGAUACAUUGGACACCUUUGUCGAUUCCUCGUGGUAUUACCUGCGCUACGCUGACCCCCAUAACGCAACGCAGCUGUGCACGAAGCAGUUGGCUCAAGUAUGUUUCUUCACGACUGCGGUAUUUCAACAGUGGAGGAGCCGUUCAAGCGGCUUCUCACCCAGCGGCUUUGUUGCUCCAUGUCACACGGCACAGUCCAAAUACAACGGCGUGGCCCCGGACGAUGUGAUCGCGGCUUAUGGGUGUGAUGCUACUCGCCUCUUUGUCUUGUUUCGAGCACCCCCCGAGGCGGUCCUCGAGUGGGACGAGCAGCACAUUCAAGGCGUUGCGCGAUGGAUCACCCGUCUUUUUGAGCUGACUGACAAGCUGCAAACAUCCAUUGCGCAAUCGGGCGUUUCCACCGAGGUCGGUGACAUGCUCAACAAGAUUGUGGUCUCCCGCUCAAAUUCAUGCACCGUCGCGCAUGGUGAUCUGACUGGACAUCUUCCGAUUGCACAGCCCAUGCCUGCUGUCAGUCGCAAGCUUCAUGCCGCCAUUGAGAGAUGCAAUCAUGUAUUCGAGUUGGUUGUCGCUGUUAUCAUCUGCCGCCAGGGGGUUCUGAUACUGGUCUCGCUCACCGUCUCACUAUGGUCCGCGGCCAUUAUCGAACUUGCAGAGAAUCAUUCGCUUUCAAUACAGCAGUGGCAGCUCUCAUGUCGCUCUCCAAUGAGCUACGUGAGGCUGCGCAGGCUGAUGGCCCAGUAUCAAUGA